AUGUGCCUUCGAUUAAAAAAUGUUAUUGUGAAUGUUGUAUCACAAUCUAGUCUCAAACUGGAUAUCAAUCAAACUGAAGCUGCACAUCAAAUCGAUAAACCAAAACUAAAUCGUACAGUGAUUGCAUGUUUUUAUUCGCAUAAACAUUCAUAUAAUUUGUUAGCCGCCAAUAGAAAAUUAACUGAACAAACAACAGAUGUAAAACCAAAUAUGAUACAUACGUGCUUGAAAAGCUCACCAGCACAGAUAGAUAUUCGCCUUGCGUUAGCUGUCAAGCAAUAA